AUGACAGGCAUACUGCACAAGACAACAGACGCUAGCGCUGGCGGGGAGAGCAAGUCUGGUGGUGAAUCCAACUCCAUAAAGCAGCGACAGAACUCCGAGAAGGCAAGGCAAAAUGGCACCCAUCCCGACACACGGCAAGAUAAGAACAAAUCCAAAACGGUAUACACAGAUAAUAAUGGCAAAGCUCUGAUAAAGGGCAGCAGGUCAUACCCUGAAGACCUUAUGACGAGUGGAAAUGUGGGACGCCGGAAAAGAGAAAUCGCAAAAGGUGUCGAGCAGCGGCGUCCGCAGGAUGAUUCUUUCGAUUGA